CAGGGGUCGGGGAGGAUGGAUUUUAAGGCUGGGUGUACAGCCUUCCACCUGUGGGGAUGGAGGGUUUCCCCGCCUCAGGAAACUCUGUGCCAAGGCCACCGGGCCCGAUUCUCCCCUGGCUUGCACGCAGUGAAGCGUUGGUACCGGACUAGAGUGGCUCUGGAGUGGUACCGUUCUGAAAGCAAAAUCUGGCCAAAGUUGUUCUGCUCAUCUCUAGUUUCAGUUAAACCUACUUCGUGUGUUGCUUCUGGGGAAUCUCUCCAAAUCAGGGGCUCUGCUGUUGCCAAAAUAAUAGGCAAUAAUGUAAAAAAUAUGCAAAAGUUUGCUUCCACAGUGAAAAUGUGGGUCUUCGAGGAAAAUAUUAAUGGGAGAAAACUGACAGAUAUCAUAAAUAAUGAACAUGAAAAUGUAAAAUAUCUCCCUGGUUACAAGCUGCCUGAAAAUGUGAUUGCCGUUCCAAAUCUUAACGAAGCUGUGCAAGAUGCAGACUUGUUGGUCUUUGUCAUUCCUCACCAGUUUAUUCAUAAGAUCUGUGAUGAGAUCACAGGACGGGUACCAAAGAAAGCUGUUGGGAUAACUCUCAUCAAGGGAAUAGAUGAAGGCCCAGAGGGACUCAAACUGAUUUCUGACAUUAUUCGAGAGAAAAUGGGAAUAGACAUCAGUGUGCUGAUGGGAGCUAACAUUGCCAAUGAGGUAGCGGCAGAGAAGUUCUGUGAAACCACAAUAGGCAGUAAAAUCCUGGAGAAUGGCCUUCUUUUCAAAGAACUCCUGCAGACGCCAAACUUCCGAAUAACUGUAGUAGACGAUGCAGAUACUGUUGAGCUUUGUGGCGCUCUUAAGAACAUCGUGGCAGUGGGAGCUGGAUUUUGUGAUGGCCUUCGCUGUGGUGAUAAUACCAAAGCUGCUGUUAUUCGACUUGGCCUAAUGGAGAUGAUUGCAUUUGCAAAAAUCUUUUGCAAGGGACAGGUGUCUAUUGCCACUUUCCUGGAGAGUUGUGGAGUCGCUGAUCUGAUCACAACGUGUUAUGGUGGCCGCAAUCGAAGGGUGGCUGAAGCAUUUGUUAAAACUGGGAAGUCCAUUGAAGAACUGGAGCAAGAAAUGCUAAAUGGUCAGAAAUUGCAGGGACCACAGACUUCGGCAGAAGUAUAUCGUAUCCUGAAGCAGAAAGGAAUGGUGGAUAAGUUUCCACUGUUCACUGCCGUAUAUCAAAUCUGCUAUGAAGGGAAACCUGUCCAAGAGAUGAUAUCCUGUCUUCAGAGUCAUCCAGAGCAUAUUUAAAAUGAAUUGUGCAAUUAUACUAAUACAGCUUCCGCCUUUCAAAUUCAUAUUUGGAUUCAAGUGGAUGUAAACAUUAGGCAACCAUAUGAAUGUAUAUGAAUUUCUGUAGUUUUUUUGACACAAUUUAAAAUUGUAAUGUAGUGUCGGAUUGGUGGCUGUCAUUUUACUGGCUAAAAAGCAGAUGUUUUAAGAUAUACAAUGAAAAACGUGCACUAUAUAUAUAGUGCAAAUAGAUGUAUGCAUCUAUUUGUGUUUCUAUAGUAUAAGACAUAAACAACAUUUAGUAAUCUUUCAUUCUGAAAUUCCUCUCUCAUUAAAGACCCAAUCCAGUGCACACUAGAAAUAAUGGAAGGAAUCCCGUUGGCUUCAAUGGGAAUUGGAUUGGGCCCUGAUAGCUCCAAUAGCACUAGCUAUGUCUACAAACACUUGAUUUUACUUUGUAAUACACACCAAGACUUUUUUACAUGUUUGCAUGCUUUUUGGCAAUAGUUACUUUAAGCAAUAUUAAUGAAAAGCUAGUUGUAGCAGUUAUUCAAGGAGGGAGUAGGGGAAUGGCAUUUUAAGUAACUGCAUUUAACAAUAUCAUAUGAUUUUUAGACAGUCUCAAAAUAUUAGACUAGUUCAAAUCAAUUUUUAAAGGGUAUUUAAUCUUUUAAGUGUAACAUAUUUUAAAAGGGUACAUUACCUCCCCCUCCGUUUUUAUCGCUUUCAGUUUUGUAUUUCUGCGUUUCUCUCUUUCUCUUGCUGUUCUCGAAUUCUAUUAGGAAGGACAAGCAGGAGGAUUUUACCAGCACAGACUCUAGCAUAGGGACCCUAUGGUUCAUCCAGGUGCUGUGUGAUUCCAUUUAUUUUAUUUUAGGCCCAUUCUUGUGGCAGCCACUGCCCAAAACCAUCACGCUCUUCUAGCUUAACCUUCAGCUGCAUACCGCACAUUGGGGGAAUUCCCAGUACUUCAAGUUUGUGUUGUCUGUUGUCAAAUGAAUUGUACUCCAUGCAUUCAUUUCAGUGCCUACCAGUGCCUGAUGUGUCAACUGAUCUCUAUUGACUCAAUCCAACUUCUACUGAAGUAAAUGAAAAAGUUCCCAUUCUUUAAUUUGAAAGACUUCUGUGGGGAUUGGAUCAAGCCCUUUCUGACCAAUCUCCCUGAAAGCUUCUCCGAGUCCAUGCUGCCUCUCUCUGCUCCCCUUAAGGAAGGAGGGACUGAGAGAGGUUAUGGAGGAGGUUAAUUUGAGUGUUUCUUUGCACAACUGUUGGGGUACAGCUGGAAUAUCCCUUUUAGGAACAUUUUGAGGAGAGAUGGGGGGGAUAGCUGGAUCUUUCUGGCUCAUGAUUUUAUUUUAUUUAAAAGAAAAAAAUAAAUCUAGCCUUAAGGAACAGGCAUAUGGCUGGGCACAUGAAGGGACAACCCAUAGUUGAGACCUGGGGAAUAAGGUUUGUCUAGAGACUGAUAGAGGUCAGCACGAAGCUAAUAAGAGAAGUCUCUUGCUAUUUGGAAUACAUAUUCCUAAUCCCGGAGCAAGAUAGGGAUUGAUUACUACUUGCUGUUACCAGCUGUGUUGUUUACAGGCCAAGAGCUUUGAGCAUGAAGCCUUUAUGAAGCUUUAUGAUGUCAAGGUAUAGGCCUAGGAGUAGCAGUCACCCUUGCAUUAUACAGCUUUGGAUAUUUUUUACUCUGAAAUAAGAAAGAGCAGUAAGGCAGCUUCAUGUAAACAGAAAAAUAUUUCGGAACAGGGGCUGGUAUUUUGCAUAUGCCAAACCAACCAUUAUGUUUUAAAUUAUUUUUAGAAGAUCAUGUGAAUGUCUACAAAUAUGCAGGGCUAUAAAAUAUCAUUUUAUUGGGGAUGUUUUGUCUUAUUUUUCUGAACAUGGUGCUGAGUAAUGAAAAGGGUCAGGAGUUAGUUUGAGAUGUAUGAGGCAGUGGGAUUUUGAGAAUUAAAAUCUCUGAUAGAACUGGUCUGUGAGAAAUUAUUUGUGCUCAGACCAUUUAAAGGCUAUUUUAGUAAUUGGAAACAUUGAUAUAUUAACGCACAUAUGAAGCAUACACUCCCCAUUACAGCAUAACUCGCAAUGGGUUUGUUUAUGUUAAAUUAUACUUUUAAAAAAACACCAAAUUGGGUGGAUUUGCCUUUGUAUUUUAUUUUUACGUAUAAUAUGUAGAAUAAUACAAUUUUGUAAGAUACAUAAAGGGCUAUAUAAGCUAAAAGUGGUGAAUUAUAUGUACUGUAGCAUGGUUUUUUUAUUAUUUGUUUAUUCUCAUGCUCUUUCCUCCACAUAAGGAGUUGAACAUUUUUAGAUCUCCUUUUUUAUGUAAACCCCCCGUCAGUGACCGAGCCAGAGGGAGGUUUGUUUAUUGAAUCAUUUUCUCAAAUCUACAAUCCACUCAUUCUCCCUCCCCUUCCCCAGUAAAAUGCAAAACUUCUGUAAUUAAGGAAUUUAUCUUGUUUUCAUUUCUGUAGAUAUUUAUUAUUCCACCAUUUCUACUUUUGUUGUUGUUGUUAUUGUUGCUUGAGAACUUUUGGCUUGGCAUUAUUUUUCUCAUUAAUAUUUACUACUAAUUAUGAUACUGUGAUAUAAAUAUCAGCACUAAAGGAUAAGGGCCCAGUCCUGUGAACACUCUUUCGCUUGCUACUGGGUGUAGUCCCAUUGAAGAGACUCUGCCCAAUAAUAAUUUUUUUUUUCAGGAUCAGGUCCUAAAUUUUUAUCUUUCUUGACUAAUUUAUGAACAAAAAUCACUAAGGGAACUGCAUUCAGUUUUCUAAUAGUACCUAACUAGCCCAUUACACAUCUACUGUAUUGUUUAAGGAUUGAAAAUGGAUACCCCUUUGAAAGCUUAGUACAAUAAAUAUUUUGUCUUGAAA